AUGGGGGCUGUACCCUGUCGUGAAAAAUGCAAUGUGCCGCUUGGCACGUGUGGCAUGCUGGUGAAUCGAGGGCUCUACCCCGUUGUCACAGUCCCCCAGAGCACGGACCCCUGCAGCACGUCGCCGUGUGGGGGGGGCACAUGUGUGGCGGACGGGAGUGGCAACGGCAAGUACACGUGUCAGUGCACGGACCUGCUUGCACCCGCUGAAAACCGCGACGGCACUCCCACCUGCACCAUCGACGCUUGGGAAGGUGCACUUGGCGGUCGGGAUAAGCUGCUUGCUCGCUUCUCCCCUCCUCUAUGCUUUCAAGUCCUUUCCCUCCACCCUCCCCUCCCUCGUCUGCCAACGUCUGCAGUGUGCUGCCCAACAACCCUUGCGCCGUGGGGUGCAACCCAUGCGCCGUGGGGUGCAACCCCUGCAGUGCAUCAACAUCAACAGCACCAAACAGCACCUACCCCGUCUCGCUCUCAUUCCCCCCACUCCUCUCUCAACCACCAUCCCCUUCGCCCCUUUCCCUCCACUCCCUCCCCCACAGUCAACGUGUGCAGCAUUCUACCCAACAAUCCAUGCGCCGUGGGGCAGUGCAUCAACAGCGGCGACGGCGGCUACUCGUGCCUCUGCCCGCCCAACUACAAGCCCAGCCUGCUCGCCUCCGGCCAGACCACCUGCGUGCCUGGUGAGCCUGGGAGUGUCUAUUCGUGCCUUUGUGCAGCGGCAGCAGUCCAGAGGACGUACACAGUGCAGGGGGGGGAGACGUGUGCCGCUAUCUACGGCUUCAUCGGCCUCACCCCGGAGCAGUUCCAGGCACAGAAUGAGAGGGAUGAGAGGGAUGAGAGGGAUGAGAGGGAUGAGAGGGAUGAGAGGGAUGAGAGGGAUGAGAGGGAUGAGAGGGAUGAGAGGGAUGAGAGGGAUGAGAGGGAUGAGAGGGAUGAGAGGGAUGAGAGUGAUGAGAGGGAUGAGAGGGAUGAGAGGGAUGAGAGGGAUGAGAGGGAUGAGAGGGAUGAGAGGGAUGAGAGGGAUGAGAGGGAUGAGAGGGAUGAGAGGGAUGAGAGGGAUGAGAGGGAUGAGAGCAAUGAGAGCAAUGAGAGGGAUGACCGUAGAGGAGUGGACUGUGACAAUCUCAAGGCAGGGCAGGUUCUCAACACCUCCAUCCCCGCAUCGGCUCAAGUGUGCCGCGUGCGCUACACUGUCACUCAGGCGGAUGCAGCAGCAAAGAGCUGCAAUUCCAUCAACGAUCGCUUUGGCAUCGACGUCACGACCAUCAACCCCAGCCUCGACUGUUCAAGCCUCACGCCCAACCAGCAGGUGAGGCGAAUGGUGGCGAUUGGGGGCACUGGUGCGGCAGCAGGUGAGGAGAGUGGGGAUUGGGGCGCUCUCAUUGGUGUAGCAGCCUCUCUAACCCUCUCUUCCCCUCUCCUUUCUUCGCUCACCGUCUCCCCCCCUCUUUCCCCCCUUCCUCAGAUCUGCACCCAAGUGGGAGACGCGGUGUCAGGAGCAGCGGAUUACAACCUGUGCACGGACUACCAGCCGGUCAGCCAGUGGGUCACCUGUGCCAGCAUCGUAUCAAACUACGGCAUCACGUGGUUCGACCUCUACCGUCUCAACCCCGGCAUCAACUGCGACACAAUCAACGCCCUCACCGCCUCCGAGGUACCGAUGGGGGGGUGGCACCAAGGGGUGUGGCGCUAG